CGCGCCCGCAACUCAGGCGGGCCACUUGAGCUGCUCAGGAAGUGGCUGUUGGCCCGCGUCUGUGGGAGUUCUUCCAGAAAACGGCCGCGAGCGUGGCGACUUUGCGAGCUCACGGCGUCCUCCCGGCCCCAGAGAUGGCUCAGGAAGCAAUGGAAUAUCAUCUUGAUGGGCAAUUAGAGCUUCACGUAGCAGAACAGCCUGUUCCUGCUGAAGUAGUCAGCGGCCAAGGGGGGCCACCCCUGCUCCAGCCUCUACCUACCCAAGUGGCCAGCAGCCAAAGGGAGCCACCCCUGCACCAGCCUGCUCCUGAUGGAGGGACCAGCAGCCAAGUGGGACUGCCCCUGCUUCCACCUGCUACACAGAUGUCUGUUGACCUGACAGAGGAAGUAGAGCUGUUGGGAGAAGAUCGUGUAGGGAACGUUAAUCCGGGGGCUUCAGAGGAACAUAGACAGCAAUCUCGUGUUAACCACCCCAUCCCGGUGUCAUCAUUGGAUUCAAUGAACAGCUUCAUCAGUGGGCUGCAGAGACUUCAUGGCAUGCUGGAAUUCCUGAGACCCCCUUCAGACCACAGUGUGGGACCAGUGAGAUCAAGGAGGAGUAGGGGUUCUGCCUCACGCAGGUCAAGAACCGCAGGGUCUCAGAGGACAGACAGUGCCAGGUUGAGAGCACCAUUGGAUGCUUACUUUCAAGUGAGUCGGACCCAGCCUCCUUUGCCAAGGACUUCUCAGGACUCAGAGACCAGGAAUCCUAUCUCUGAAGACUUGCAGGUCUCAAGCAGUUCCAGUUCUGACAGUGAGAGCUCCACAGAGGCCGAAGAUGGUGUUGUCCAGGCGGAGGAAACUAGAGCUGUCGUUUUACAAGAGCAAGUAGGAGGUACGUCAGCAGAGCAAGAAGUUACAUGUGUCAGUGGAGGAAAGACCCUCCCCAAACAGUCUCCCCAGAAGAGCAGCCCUCUUCUACCUUCUGUUGAUGAUGAAGAUGGGGACACUUGUACAAUAUGUUUUGAACAUUGGACCAAUGCUGGGGAUCAUCGACUCUCAGCAUUACGCUGUGGGCACCUCUUUGGGUAUAAGUGCAUUUCUAAGUGGCUCAAGGGCCAGGCACGAAAAUGUCCCCAGUGCAACAAGAAAGCCAAGCACAGUGACAUCGUUGUUCUUUAUGCCCGAACCCUGAGAGCUCUGGACACCAGUGAACAGGAGCGCAUGAAAAGUUCCUUACUGAAGGAGCAGAUGCUGAGGAAGCAGGCCGAAUUGGAGUCAGCGCAGUGCCGUCUCCAACUUCAGGUCCUCACUGACGAGUGCAGUAAGCUUCAUAGUCGGGUCCAGGACUUGCAGAAACUUAUUGUGCAGCAUCGGGAUCAGAUUUCACAGCCCCCCAGGGGCUCCCAAGCACGUUCCCUGAACUGCCUGCCCUCCAGCCAGAACCAGCACAAGUACCAUUUCCAGAAGACCUUCACGGUGUCUCAGACAGGAAACUGCCGCAUCAUGGCAUACUGUGAUGCUCUGAGCUGCCUGGUGGUGUCACAGCCUUCACCUCAGGCCUCCUUCCUGCCAGGCUUUGGUGUUAAGAUGUUGAGUACUGCCAACAUGAAAAGCAGUCAGUACAUUGCCAUGCAUGGCAAACAGAUCCGUGGACUGGCUUUCAGCAGUAGGUCCAAAGGCUUACUGCUCUCAGCAUCCCUAGACAACACUGUUAAACUGACCAGCCUGGAGACAAACACAGUAGUCCAGACUUACAAUGCUGGACGCCCUGUCUGGAGCUGCUGCUGGUGUCUUGAUGAAAGCAAUCACAUCUAUGCUGGACUGGUCAAUGGUUCGAUCCUGGUGUAUGACCUUCGAAACACGAGCUGUCAUAUCGAGGAGUUAGUACCUCAGAAAGCCAGAUGCCCGCUGGUAUCCCUGUCAUACAUACCCAGAGCUGCCUCAGCUGCAUUUCCAUAUGGUGGGGUGUUGGCUGGAACCUUGGAGAAUGCUUCCUUCUGGGAGCUCAGAAUGGGCUUUUCUCAUUGGCCUCAUGUGCUGCCCAUGGAGCCAGGGGGUUGCGUAGACUUUCAGACAGAGAGCAGCACCCGGCAUUGUCUUGUGACCUACAGGCCUGAUAAAAAUCACAACACUUUACGAAGUGUGUUGAUGGAGAUGUCCUACAAGCUGGAUGAUGCUGGAGAGCCGGUCUGUUCCUGCCAUCCUGUACAAACGUUCCUCGGGGGACCCACUUGCAAACUACUGACCAAAAGUGCCAUUUUCCAAAACCCAGGAAAUGAUGGCAGCAUCCUGGUGUCUACUGGGGAUGAAGCAUCAAAUUCUGCCUUGCUAUGGGAUGCUGGCAGUGGCUCAUUGCUGCAGGAACUGCCAGCUGAUCAGCCUGUCUUGGACAUCUGCCCAUUUGAGGUGAACCACAACAGCUACUUGGCUACCUUAACCGAGAAGAUGGUCCACGUCUAUAGGUGGGAGUGACUGUGUCUGGAAAUUGGCAGGCCUGCUGCUGGUUUACAUUAAAUGUUUGCUGGCAGCCUUGAGCAAGGUCCCUGCUUACUGUCUGUGGCCUAGAACUUCUGAGAUCGUGAUUCCUUUGGGUUGAUGUGACUGGACAACUCCGGGUCACUGAAACACUACAGACUGUAUUUGCAGUGUCCAUCACAAGAGUAAGUGACUGGUACUCCCAUCUACGUUAUUCAUGUCUUGGGUUAAAAUUCUUCAGGAAUCUGUUGAGAAACUCUAUUUCUGAUCAGACAUUCUGCUGGACCUCAGAGAAUAUCCUCCAAGCAGUCAUUUAGGAUAUGAGUGUACACCAAGCAUUUUCUGAAGGAUGUGACCCCACCUAAGCAGUCUUGUCACUUGAGCUCUGUGACUUGGGGGCAACUGCUUCUAUCCCAGAAGGGCCUAACCGUCUUCACGUCGCAUGGAUGCAGUAGAGUCUUAAGUCGAACACAAGAGGGCACUGUACAACUGCUGAAGGAUUUGAUCUACUUCUGACCUUGAGUGUUGACAGCCUCUCAGUAGUCUCACCCCACAGAAAUGUCUGGUAGAGCGCAUCUGGUCUGCUUUGUGGCAGCACCAGAACAUUCCAGGUGUGCGGGGCUGGGAUAUUGACAAGCCCAGCGGAUGAGGCGGCUGAUGAGCUGUUGGCCCCUUCCUAACGCUGAGCGUGUUAAGUUCACAUUGUGGGAGCCAAGGAAGGAAGACCAGUUUGAGCAGUGGGCAAGCCUCAUUUUUUUUCUAGCUAGCAUGGGAUUUCAAGCUUGGUUGUAGAUGAGCCAGUGCUCUGAAAACCACUCCUUUUCCCUCACUAGGAAAAGACACUUACUUGAAUCUCCUGGUAAGAUCCAGACCAAAGGGCCAACUGAGAGAGGCUUACAAAAGAGAAGCUCCUCAGACCACUGGUGAAAACAGAAGAAAGGCUUGUCUUUUCCAUUUUGAAAGCAUUCUUAUCCGAAUAAAGCCAAGCUCUCAGAGUGGGGGGGGCUUUUCUUGGGCGUGUUUAGAGUUCCCAGGAAAAGCCUUCCUCACGUGAAACUGGUAUUUGGCUUCAACUUCCCCUGAUAGGCCUCCCUUCCUAACCUUUAAAAAAAGUUGUUAGAAGAACAGUUACUCUCAGGAAGGUAAUAGUGGUUGGAGACCUGUGUGUAUUGCAGGGAGAAGCCCACCAGCUUUCGCUCCGGCCGUGGGUUGUCCAGCAUGGCGAGCUCUCUUCUCUCCAGUAGAAGGUUCGGUUCGUGCCUGCUCUGCCUAAGGCUGCACUGCUGAACCACAGUCCACGACAGAAUGUGCCUCGGGCCUGGGUGGCCCGGACUCUGUUCUUAGAAGCAGGAUGGCCAGCAGUGUGACUUUCUGACAUUAAGUGUUCUGGAAAUAUUAUUAUUUUUAUUUUAAAACAGUUCUGACCUGACAAGUCCUGAGCUGUUUCCAGCAUUUCUCACCAGCAAGGGGUUAUUGCAGUAGAUUUCCCCAGCGUUCCCAGUUCUAGUUGUGCCUUUUAAAGAGUGGCCUCCUUCUAUUUUAGUACAUCUUACAAAAAAGCCAGUUUGCAGAGCCUGGGAAAGAGCCCCUUUUUCUCAGAGGAGAUACUCCUUUCAAUUUGUUGAUGAUUCAGAAGGACUGCUUGGGCCUAGAGCAUCAGCAGCAGGAAGGGAUUCGAACUGAAAAGCAGAAUACCUGGUUUCAGCAGAUUCCCAGAGAGGAUGCAGUUGGGCAGGCCCUGGCAGCCUUUGUCUUUGGCAGGGACAGACCUGGAGCAGGGUUAGGAUUUGACUAGGGCUGGAAGUAUACUCAGCCGAUGCUGAUUGCACCCCACCCCACCGCACCCCACCCCGCCCCACUGCCCUGCUCCCGGCCAAGCAUAGGAACCAAGGGACUUAUUACCACGGAGAUUGGGUGAUUCUCAGGUCUUGCCAGUUCUUGCAUUCCUCCAGUAAAUUAGAAUGCUUCAGAAACAAAUUUGUAACUUCAACUGCUUGCUCCCAAGGAAAAGACUUUGCCUCCCCCGCCCCAGCCACCCUUCCCCAGGCCCCCUCAGCACGGAGGAGAUUCUAACUGUGGGACCCAGGCUCCGGGCUCCUGUCAGCACCAGGCUCUGCCUCUGCAUGUCCCCUCACCCCUGUCUCUAAGGUAUUUCUCCCAUUUGAGGGUUUGGAGUUAAGCAGACUCAAAAUAUCUUGUCGAUGUAUAUAUCCUUGUACUUGCUUUGACAAAUAGGGCAGUGGGAUCUCUGUUCAAGUUCUUUGUUUUAAUGUUUGUGUUAAUGUUAAUAUGAAAAUAAAGCAUUGGCCAUGUGUACCAGC